AUGUCUGAGAAAGCCAGUUGUGAAUAUGGUACACCGAAGUAUUACGCGCUUUGUGGUCUCGGUGGAGUUCUAAGCUGUGGUCUCACACACACUGGAGUGGUUCCAUUGGAUUUGGUUAAGUGUCGUUUGCAAGUUGACCGAGCUAAAUAUAAAAAUAUUACUCAUGGAUUUAAAACCACCGUUGCUGAAGAAGGCAUACGAGGCCUAGGAAAGGGUUGGGCACCAACGUUUUUUGGCUACUCUCUCCAAGGACUGGGAAAGUUUGGGUUUUAUGAAGUAUUUAAACACAUAUACAACGGCUUCCUGUCUGAAGAAAACGCGUAUUUAUGGAGAACAUCAGUGUACCUGGCGGCCAGCGCCAGUGCAGAGUUUUUUGCUGACAUUAUGCUUUGUCCCAUGGAAGCUGUGAAAGUACGAAUACAAACAAUGCCAGGUUGGGCUAGCACGCUCAGAGAGGGUGUACCGAAAAUGUACAGAAAUGAGGGCCUCGUUGGAUUCUACAAGGGUCUUCCUCCGCUAUGGGGGCGACAAAUUCCGUACACGAUGAUGAAGUUCGCCUGCUUCGAACGCACCGUCGAAGCACUGUAUAAGUAUGUUGUACCAAAACCACGCGAACAAUGUUCGAAAAGCGAACAAUUAGUUGUAACUUUUGCAGCUGGUUACAUCGCGGGUGUAUUUUGCGCUAUUGUAUCCCAUCCUCCUGACACAAUAGUGUCGAAAUUAAAUAAAGAUCCAAAUGCACGCCUGGUGGAAGUUGCCAAAAAUUUGGGGCUAAUGGGUAUGUGGAGCGGAUUGGGACCUCGUAUCAUCAUGAUUGGAACAUUAACAGCCUUACAAUGGUUCAUUUAUGAUGGCUUUAAAGUAGUUAUGCAGUUGCCGCGUCCACCACCUCCAUCCAUGCCAGAAUCACUGAAACAGAAAUUGGAAAACCAAGUGCAUUGA